AUGGACAACAAGCGACUACCCAAACGACUCUUCUACGGAGACGUCGCGACGGGUUCUCGCCGUCACGGAGAUCGGAUUCGCCGUUACAUGGAUACCCUGAAGUCCUCCCUGAAAUGCCUGCAAAUCAACCCCACCAACUGGGAGGAGCUCGCACUCGAUCGACCGACCUGGAGGUGGACAGUGAAGACAGGCGCUACGAUCUACGAAACCAACCGCAUCGCUGCCGCCAAAGCGAAACGUGAAGCCCGCAAAUCACAACUUCGCCAAGUAAGCAACGCUGCCGCACAACCGCUUCCAACGUGUCCUCGAUGUCAACGGACAUUCCGGGGUCGAAUCGAACUUGUUGGACAUCUUCCGAUUAACUGCGCCUCUCGAACGGCACCAACCAUCGUCCCACCGCCUGCCUCUUCCUCCUCCUCUCCGCCGCCAACUAACCCUGACAAUUCUUCUGACCCACCACUUCCAUCAUCCUCCUUCUCAUCCUUCUCCUCCUCCUCCUCCUCCUCCUCCUCCUCCUCCUCCUCCUCGCCCAGUGCUCCAACGGCGGCCGCUCAGGCGACUGUCCCGCGGACAGCAACCGACACUACCACCACCUCUCCCGACUCCAGCGAUGAUGAUCAGGACUACACCUGCCCUCACUGCGACCGUACCUUCACCUCACACAUAGGCCAGGUCGGUUACUUACGAAUCCACCGCACAGAGACUGGCGAACCAGUGCGUGAAGCACCAACCUAA